UCUCGCCUGUUCUCUCACUCUUGCUCUCUCACUCUCUCGCUUGCGCGACGCGGGCCUUUGGAUUCUGUCCCUGCUUCUUCUUCCCACCAAUUUCAGGGAGCUUCCUGGACUAUCCGGGAAUAUGGCGGUGCUAUCGUCUACGGCUUCUCUGUUCCUGGAAAAGCCUGGCGCUCCGCGCCACCACCACCGAUCGUCCGGCACCACCCCCUCCCCGUUCUUGUUCUUUCCCCGGAACUCUUCCAGAUACCGGUCUGUCCGCCUCGCCUCCGCCCUCGGCGACGGCGAGAAACCGGCCGUAGGUUCGGAAUCCGGCGCAUCAGCAGGAAGGAAUGUCGACGAGUGGGGGGAGAGUGCGCAAUUAGGAGAAGACGCGGCGGAGAGCGUUAGGGUUCCAGGGGCCGAUCCACCGAAGAAUGAGGACGAAUGGGGAGCAAACAACGUCGCAGCCGAUUAUCCACCGUCUUCAUCUUCUGGAACUUCCGAUGUUCUUGAUGGGUUGAAGCGGAGCCUUGUGGAUACAGUGGAAGGGACGGAGUUGGGGUUGCGGGCGUCUGCGGAGGUGCGGGCUGAGGUUGUCGAGCUGGUUAACCAGUUGGAGGCGGCCAACCCGACUCAGGCGCCGGUGGAGGCGCCUGAGCUCAACGGGAAUUGGAUUCUUGUGUACACCGCUUUCUCAGAGCUAUUACCUCUGAUAGCUGUUGGUGCAUCCCCAUUGUUGAGAACGAAAACGAUAUCCCAAACAAUUGACACGAGCAGUCUUAACAUCCUAAAUAACGUGACGUACUCAAGCCCUUUUGCCACUUUUUCUGUUAGCGCCUCUGCAUCUUUUGAAGUUCGAAGCCCUUCAAGAGUGCAGGUAAAGUUCGAGGAAGGAAUAUUUCGGCCACCUGAAAUAUCGUCCACCAUUGAUCUACCACAGAAUUUCGACUUUUUUGGGCAGAAAGUCGACUUAUCAGCCUUGCAGCAGUUACUGAAUCCCAUUCAAGCGUCUGUGGCAAAUAUUUCACGUACAAUUUCUGGGCAGUCACCACUCAAGCUUCCAAUUCCCGGCGAAAGGUCACAAUCAUGGCUAGUGACAACUUAUCUUGACAAUGAUCUGCGAAUUUCAAGAGGUGAUGGAGGCCUGUUCAUCCUUGUCAAGGAAGGCAGCUCUUUGUUGAACCAGCAGUAACAGACUAGCUAUGUACCCUGAAUUCCGAGACGGAGAUUACGCAGAUUUGCAUUCCUUGGAUUGAUGGCAUCUUGCCUCGUUUUCCUUUUCCUUUUCCCUUUUUCCUCACCUUGUACCUAAGAGAGUGAUAUUAUACAUGUUUCUUCGUAAUGUGCAUGAUUGUCAGUGGGCUUGCAGAAUGUAAAUUUGUUGGUCGAGUGAUGAAGUGGGCUCAAAUUUAAUAAAAUUCUCAUGACUGUUGUCCAGUUCA